UCAUCUUCCUUGCGUUCAUCUCGGCGAAGCCCGCCACCAGCAGUCACCAUUCCCACCCCGGAGAGGUCCACGCUGGCAGCCCAGCCCCUUCCCCGGCUGAGCAUCGGGCGCAAGACCCUGGUAGCGGCCGCUGUGGGGGUCAUGCUGGUGCUGGUCCUAGUGGUGCUCAUCCCGGUGCUGGUCAGCUCGGUCGGAGGUGGCGAGGACAGCGGCGGCAGGUUGGAGAUGCUGGGCGCCUGCCGCAUGGUGUGCGACCCCUUCCCCACGGCGGAAGAGCCGGUCACCCCCGAGCGACAGGCGGACAACCAGGGAGACCUGAGCCAGCGCAGCGUCGCACCGCCCCUGCCCACUUUCGCAGCUCACGCCUCACAAGGCAGACCCGGACGCCCGGGUAAGCCCGGACCCCCCGGGCCGCCCGGAGAGCCAGGUCCGCCGGGACCAAAGGGACCGCCUGGGGAUAGCGUGGAUGUGAUACGCACAGGAAUUCUAGGCUUGGGGGGCGCCGGCUCCGUAAGCACGGCCACUUACAACACUACACCCCGCGUGGCUUUUUACGCGGGGCUCCGUAACCCGCAGGAAGGCUACGACGUCCUGCGCUUCGAUGACGUAGUGACCAACAUCGGGGGGAACUACGACGGCGCCACGGGCAAGUUCACCUGCAAGAUUCCCGGCACCUAUUUCUUCAUAUACAACGUUCUAAUGAGGGGAGGAGACGGAACCAGCAUGUGGGCCGAUCUGCUCAAGAACAGUCUGGUCAGGGCUAGCGCUAUCGCUCAAGACCAGGACCAGAGUUACGACUAUGCCAGCAACAGUGUCAUUCUGCAUUUGGACGCAGGCGACGAGGUAUUCAUCAAACUGGACGGGGGCAAGGCGCACGGCGGCAACAGCAACAAGUACAGCACCUUCUCUGGGUUCAUCCUGUACGCCGACUGACGAAAGGACGGGCGCCAGCGGCCGAUUUUGCCGGCGAAGACGAGCUGAUAUCGCCCGCGAGUCAUGGAAUCGGGGGUUACAGAGAACGUUCUACCUCUUUAUCAGUGUGUUGUUCGGGGGGUUCGCGCCAUUGGGGCGACUAUGAUUUUGAAGCACCGCUUCUAGGUCACGGUGUUUGUUGAUGUUCGUUGAAUUCUUAUUAGAACGUUGAACUUUUGUGUUUCUUGAACGACUUUAAAAUCAGCUGCCAAAAGAUUUUGAUUCGAGUUGGACAAUUGUUCCAGCUCUGAUUAACGAGUAGCACGAAAUUCAUCAAAAGGCCGAUUUUGGGGGACGUGUCUUCAGUCCUAAUUCAAAUGAAUUGAUAUCGCUGUCAAUGGUGGUGAAUGAGUUGCAAAGUCUCACUUCGACAAACCAAAAUUGUAAACUAACAAAUCUGUUAUUGAAUUUUGUUACUCCGAGUAGUGCACAUGCAUCCCAGUGUGUGUCUGUUCAAAUCCUUACUAUCGUGACUCUAUCAUGUGAUGUGCUCGCUUGUUGAGAUCUGCAUGCAAAAAAAUCUAUUAAAGAAUGAAAAGAUACUCAGAUAUGUUCAAACUUGGUUGGUCUUAAGCGGAUGCCCAAUGUUUUAUUUUACAUUAAAGGACAAAG